AUGAAAAGUUUUUUUUUUAGUUUAUGUUUUUUAUUAUUAGCUAUUUUUCUACCAACAAAUUGCCUUGUACAUAAUGAUAUAAUUAAAUUCGGAGAAGAAAAUUCUUUGAAAUGUUCUAUUGGGCAAUUGUACAUAUUGCAUUGUGAGGUAUUAUGUAUGAAUGAUCAAAACCAUAUUAUAUAUAAAAAUUGUUUAGAUGAAGUAGAAAAAAAAUGUUCGGGUAACAAAUGUCUGUAUUAUUUUGAUUAUAUGAGAAAAAACACACACGCAUUUAGAAAUAAAAAUAGUAUUGAAGUUAGUGAAUGUGUAGAAUCAGAUAUAAACGAAAUAAAAACAUCAACAACAUGCUUAUUAAGUAAUUCAUUUUUAUUGGAGGAACUUAAUACUCAAUAUUUUUUUUUUAUAAAAAAUAAAAAUAAUGAUCCAGUUGUAUGCCAAAGUGGUAUCAUAAAUGUUAAUAGUGCUACUCUACACUCUCCUUUUUGUGAAAUAAAACUUAGAGAUAUUUCAAGCCAUAUAAGAAAAGAGUGUGAUGACAAUAAAGAUUGUCUUAUAAAUCCAAUAGAAUUACCAAAAUCUCUAUUAGGUGAUGAUAAUCCAUGUUAUAUUAAUAACUCUUAUGUAUCAUUGAAUAUAAUUUGCAGAAAAAAUGUUAUAGAUGAAUAUGAAGAAGAAGAAUAUGAUAAAGGGGAUGAUGAUGAUUCUUCAAAUGAUCUAAUUGAUCCAAUAGAUAAUGAACACGAAUAUCUAGAUAAAGUAAUAAUAGGUGAAAAUGAUGAAGGAAAUAAAAAUGAUAGUAAAGAGAUAAAUGAAAAUGAAAAACAAAUUAAAAAACAAUAUGAGUUAUAUUUACAAAAUAAAGAAGCAAUGAAGGAAAAUGUAAAUAUUAAAAAAAAUUUAUUGAAUAAAAAAAAAGAUAUAUCAAUUAAAUUAGAGAAGGCAUUUUCAAAAAAGGAAGAACUUUUCAAAAAAUUAGCAGAUCGUAUUUCCAAUAGUAUUGAUAUGAAACAUGAACCUUUUGAAGUACUGGAUCUUUUGGAAGAUAGAUAUAAUGAACUAAAGAGAAAUUCAGAUUAUUCAUUUUAUUAUGAUUUCGUUAUUGAAACUCUUGGAGUAAAUGAUAUAGAUAAAGAAAAAAUAGAUAAUGUUAAAGUAACUAUUUUAAAAAAUUUAAAGGAAUAUUUGGGUAAAAUAGGAAAAGUAGAAAAAAUAAUUGGAGAACAUAGGAAAAAGUAUAUUUCUAUAUUUAAUGAAUCGAAGCAGUAUUUAUUUAACUUAUUUGAUGAAGAUGUAGAUGAGAUAAUAAAUUAUGAUAAUUUUCCUCAUCAUAAUGGUAUGAUUUCAUCUAAUAUUUUCUUUAAGUAUUAUCCUGAAUCAGUCCCAAUGAGCUUAGAAAAAAUUAAUGAAAAAGGAAAAUUAGAUGAAGAAGAAUUAAGGGAAUUUAAUGAUAUAGAAGAAUUAGAUGUAAAAGAAAAAAAAAAUAAAAUAUGUGAAUUAAGAAAAAGAAUAUUACAAAAUUUAAGAGCUUUGUAUUUAGAAAAAAAUGAAGUUUUCAAUACUCAGGCAAUGUGCAUUAAAGCAUACUGCUAUAAAAAUCCAUUGAAUCUAAAAAAUUUCAAAAAUUUCAUGAAAGAGAUCUAUUAUUUAUCAAAAGUAAAUAGUGACAGUGUACUUCUAAAUGUUGUUCGUUAUCUCAAUGCUGUUGGAGAUAAGAAAAAGAGUUGGAGUAAUAGAAGAAGACUAAAUAAACUUAUUGUAUUAUUGUUUCUAGGUUUCAGACAAGUGAAGGAAAAAGAAAUAGAAAUUGAUAAAGAAAUUGAAAGAUAUAAUAUUUUAUAUGAUUUGGCGCGAAGUAUUAAUUUACAAGAGUUGUUUGUUGAAAAAGAUAAUAUACUUAAGAAAUAUUAUGACUUAAAUAGAUCAAAUGAUUUUGUUGGAAGCCAAUCAACUACAUUUGAUUUUAUAGAUAAAACAGAUAAAUCUAUGAAUGAAGAAGAUAAAGAAGAAAAAGAAGAAAUAGACGAAGAAGAUAAAGAAAAAGAAGAAACAGACGAAGAAGAUAAAGAAAAAGAAGAAACAGACGAAGAAGAUAAAGAAAAAGACGAAACAGACGAAGAUAAAGAAAAAGACGAAACAGACGAAGAAGAUAAAGAAAAAGACGAAACAGAUGAAGAAGAUAAAGAAGAAAAAGACGAAACAGAUAAAGAAGAUAAAGAAGAAAAAGACGAAACAGAUGAAGAAGAUAAAGAAGAAAAAGACGAAACAGAUGAAGAAGAUAAAGAAGAAAAAGACGAAACUGGUGAAGAAGAUAAAGAAGAAAAAGACGAAGCAGAUGAAGAAGAUAAAGAUGAAGUAGACGAAGAAGAUAAAGAUGAAGUAGACGAAGAAGAUAAAGAUGAAGUAGACGAAGAAGAUGAAGAGGAAGCAGACGAAGAAGAUGAAGAGGAAGCAGACGAAGAAGAUAAAGAAGAAGAAGAAAUGGACGAAGAAGAUAAAGAAGAAAAAGACGAAACAAUUGAAGAUAUAAAUGAAGAUAAAGAAGAAACAAUUGAAGAUAUAAAAGAAGAUAAAGAAGAAACAAAUGAAGAUAUAAAAGGAGAUAAAGAAGAAAUGGUUGAAGAAGUAAAAGAAGAUAAGGAAGAAAUAAUUGAAGAAGGAGAUAACGGAGAAAAAAUUGAAGCAAAAGAUAAUAAUGAAGAAAUAAUUUUAGAAGAAAAUAUGAAAGAAAUUAAGGAAGAAGAAAAAGAUGAUGAAACAGAUGAAGAUGUAAAAGAAGAUGAAGAAGAAACAUUAGAAGAAGAAAAUGAACCUGAUGAACUGAAAACAUUAAUGGGAAAUGAAGAAGAAAAAUUAUUAGGUGAAGAAAAAGAAUUAUUUGAUGAAGAUGUCUUAAAUGAAUUAAGCUCGUUAUCAAGCGAGGAAAAUGAAGAUAUAAUUGAAGAUGAAAUUAUUGAUGAAAGCUUAGAUGAGAAAAACUUGUUAGAUGUCGAACAAGAUGAAGGCAUGAAUGAUAAUUUACUUAAAUAUAUAAAUGAAAUAGUAGGCAAUAAACAUGAAGAACAAGAUAAUGAGAAAAAUGAAAAAGAUGAAGAAAUCGAUGAUGAUGUUACAAUUAAAGGAGAAGAUGAUGAAAACAUAGAAGAUACAAUUAAGAUAAUUAAAAAAGAAGAUAACAAUAAUGAAAAUAAUGAAAAUAUUGUGGAAGAAACAACUGUAGAAUCUGGGGAAGAAUAUAUAACAGAACAAGAUAUUAAAGGUACUGAUAAAGGAAGUUCAUUUUUCUUAACUGCAAGUAACAGUCUCUUAAUUAUUUUAGUUGUACUUUUCAUAGAAACAUUAUUGUAA